UUGUUUUUUUUCCAACUAGCAAGUCUUAAUCAACUUGAAGCAUCCACCGAUACUAUCACAUUUACCGUUUAACAUGUGAUUAGAUUAUAAUUUUGCAUGCGUUAAAGCAUACAGAUACUUAAAAAUUAAGUCAUAAUCAACCCCUUAAGUACUUAUUAAAAGACUAGCGUAUCUCGAAAAUUGGACACUCACUUUUUUUGUGUGAGUAGAGAGAAUUAGGACUCUGAACCUUGAUGAGAAAUUGUCACAGGUGUUUAAGGGAAUGUAAUAUUAUUUUUUUAUCUUUUCCUUUUGUGUGUGUUUUUAGUCCCCUAUUUUCAGAAUGACCCUAUCAGAGCGACUCAUUUACCUGGAUAAUAGUUUCUGUUUUAAUGAUUUUUCAAUUUUGCAAUGAAAAGACGAAUAGUUUUAGAUAUCUGCCUAGUAUUGUGGAAGAAGAGGGAUCAAGUCAUGCAGUCGGAAAUCUAAUCCUUGCUCCCGCAGUCAGUCCUUGGGGUUGGUCUCCAGGUUCUGAUUCUGCCUCAUCUGAUAAUAGAAGUAUCUCUGUAAGAAUUUCAUCUCAACAUCAAUUCGCAUUUGAUGGCUAUUUUACUUGAACAUUUUCAUUAACGUCUUCCGUUAGGUCUCGUAUAGAAGCAGGAAUUUUUUCGCUUUUCGACAGGAGAUUAUACAUAAACGCUCUUGGUCUUCUAUCCGAAUCCGCUGCUCUUAGCCUUGUUAGAAUCCAAUAUUAGAAGGAAGAAUUCAAUAGGCAUCCCAAUAUCCGUUUUCUCUCUUUUAACAAUUUAGAGGAGGCUAGAGCAGCUGCAUGCAAAAUGAUUGCCAAGUCUUUUGUUUAACUCUUUAGAAGGUGGAUAUCACUAUUGACAUUCCUAUCUUUGCAUCAAUAUUGCAGGAAUGGGAACAAAACUCUUAUAUGCCAAAAAUGCAAUAGCUAAUUCUCCAAACUACUAUUUCGCAGUGAAACAAUUGUAUAACUUGUGUGAUACUUUAUACAAAGUUGGAUAUUCAAUGGAUAGGAUUGGUGAAUUGAAGGGUAUAGAAUCCAUCAAAAGGACAAUGCUCAUGCAUGAAAACAUUUUCAAACAGCAGGUAAAAGAGCUCCACCGACUAUACAAUCUUCAAAGGAAACUGAUGCUAGAGUUGAAGAAUGGCAUGUCAAAGAUAGAGGAUCCAAGAGUAUUAUUAGACAAGUCAAUGAUCAAUCAAAACUUGUCCACUUGGCAACAACAAUCCACAAGAGAAAUAGGGUUUAACAGUGUUCAUCUUUAUGGUUUAACAGAUGAUCAACAAGGGGAAAGAAGUGAUAGUUGCUCAGGUGAGAACUCAAGAAUAUUAAUGCCAGUUAGAGGAUUGAAUCUUGAAUUGCCUUCUGAUUAUCAAGAAGGAAAUUCAACAAGUACUAUUUGUGCUAGUUAUGACCAUGCCAAGAUGAGAAAUAAUGAUGAGGAAGCAGAUGUGGAGCUAACACUAAGUAUUGGACCUAGCAAUAAUAAAAAGAGGUUAAAAAGCCAUAUGCAUAAAGCACCCAAGGGUGUGGCCUAGUGGUCAAUGAAGUGGGUGAGAACCAUGAGGUCUCAGGUUCAAAUCCCAGC